AGACGAAUAGUAUCAUGCGCAUUUUGAAAAAUUUGCUGUGGUCGUAACAUAGCAGCUUAAGAAAUUGUUGAUUAAAAAAAAUUGAUUUCACAAAUUGUUGACGAUGUGCGGUGAAAGUUUUGCAUUUUGGUAUUGCGUAGUUUUAUUUAUCACUUCAUCUUCAAAGACUUCGGGAAAUUUCACAAGUGACAACAAAGAAGACAACAUAUGGGAGGGCAACAUAUGGAAGACAUAUAAUUAUACGAAAUUUAUUAGAAGCAAAAGGAAUAACAAUAAUAAAACUGACAUCCUUCCAUACGAAAAAUGCGCCAAUAUAACUUGCAUUCAGCUCUGUUGUCCGCUUGGUGAUCGCUUGGAUGGCAAGAAUUGCAUUGCUAGUGAAAAUGAAUAUGUUUUCCCAAACAUAUAUAGCUCAAACAAUUCGAUACAGAGCGGAAAUAAGAACGUGAACGACCUUUUUCCACUAACCGUUCAAAAUCCGUGCCAGGAAACUAUACGUUUUAUUCCGAUUAUUAAGGAUAAUUAUUCUAAGUACUAUGAGUAUAUGAUCUUCGCAAACAGCUCCCUGUAUCUUCCUAAUUACGACAUAUUUCUCGAAUCAACAUCUUAUUGUUUGGCCGUCGUGGAUCGUAAUCAAUUCGAUGCAAUUUUCUGCUUGGUCUAUAAAGAAUACAAAAAAUACGGAAGCAUCUUAAAUGAAGAAUUAAACUUUUUAUUUUCGAAUUGCCAUAUAGUGUCUAUGUUGUGUUUGCUGACAACAUUUGUGGUGUAUUCUAUACUACCGGAGCUUCGUAACAUACAUAGUUUUAUGCUGCGCAAAUACUGCAGUUUGUUAUUUUUCGGAUGCAUAGUUCAGAGUAUAAGUUUCCAAUCCUUCUAUCCAAUAAACAUAGCAGAUAUUCCAUAUUUCAUCUGUGUCAUAAUUGGUUUACUCGAGUAUUUCUGUUUUUUGUCAAGCUCUUUCUGGUUAAGUGUAAUGAGUUUCGACUUUUGGUGGACAUUUAGAGAUUUUCGCUCGUUUCAAAGAAACGAGAGAGGAAAACAAAAGAGAAAAAAAUUAAUAUAUUCUAUCUUUGCUUUGGGAGGUCCCUUUAUUUUUACUAUCAUUUGUAUUGUUAUGGAGUUCGUUCCCAAUAUGCCGAAAAACUUAAUCCGACCGAAAUUUUGUGUCGAUACAUUUGAGUUUCAUGAAAAUAUGGCGUAUCUAUUGUAUUUUUACGGGCCGCAUAGUGUCUGUGUUGUUUGUAGCUUUUGCUUAUCUAUUUACACUGCAUUAAAAAUUGUACGUUAUGAAAAAGACACAGUCCGUCAUCUGAGAAAUACAGAGAGCAGAUUUUAUAAUGACAACAAGCGAUGGUUCAAUCUGCAUCUGAGCCUGUUUAUCAUGCUGUUUAUUAUAAUGGCCACAAAUUGGAUUAUAAUAACUGUGUACUGUUUUUGGCAGAUUGAUGUUAAUAAUUCCGGUGUUAAUAAAAUUAAUAAUGUUGACGAUAUUAAUAACGUUAAACUGUGGUACGUCUAUCGUAUUAUUUUGAUGAUGGACACCAUACAAUAUAUCAGUACGUUCAUCAUAUUCUUGUGUAAAAAGCCAAUCAUACGACUGCUAUUAAAGCGUUUCUGUCAGAAUGGCAAGUGUUUUUCCAAAACUUCGAAUGAAACGGUUACAAGUUUGACUAAUUGUACCAUGUCAACACAUUUGUAAAAAACAUUUUGUAUUUCUGUUAAA